AUGACUGAAACAACUUCUACGUUCACGACAAUGUCUACGCAAGGCAAGAACUUCCGAAUCCAAAGUCAUGAUGAUGCCACGUGGAUUCUUACCAGCGCCUUCGUCGUGUUCACCAUGCAGUCAGGGUUUGGAUUACUCGAAAGCGGAUCUGUGUCGUCAAAGAAUGAGGUCAAUAUUAUGGUAAAAAACGCUGUUGACGUCAUAUUCGGUGGUCUUACAUACUGGAUGUUUGGGUAUGGACUCAGUUUCGGCGAGGACGAGCAUUAUUCGAAUCUGUUCAACGGGUGGGGAGACUUCUUUGUGACGGCCAAUGAGGAGAACCUAGGCUGGGUAUAUGCGAAAUUCUUCUUCCAGGCUUCGUUUGCUACCACGGCAACCACCAUAGUCUCUGGUGCGAUGGCUGAAAGAACACGAUUAGAAGCCUACAUUUUGUUCUCCCUGUUGAACACUUUCGUGUACUGCUUCCCGGCUCACUGGGUGUGGGGCAAGAAGGGGUGGCUGCAGGUGAUGGGUGUCGUGGAUAUUGCAGGGGCCGGUCCCGUCCACAUGGUCGGAGGGAUAUCCGGGCUGGUUGCCACGCUUCUGCUUAAACCGCGUCACAACCGAUAUAAGUACAAACGGGCCCCGCCCAUGGGAUCACCCACAAACGCAAUACUUGGAAUGUUUAUGCUAUGGUGGGGGUGGCUAGGUUUCAACUGCGGCAGCACCUUUGGUAUCUCUGGAGUGAAAUGGAAACUGGCUGCCAGGUCUGCUGUUUCGACAAUAUGUGCAUCUACAGCUGGUGGGAUGACUGGGUUAUUAUUGAGCUACGUCUUCAAAAAGCGUCAAUUUGACAUUACGUUCAUGAUAAAUGGCGUCUUGGGAUCAUUGGUUGCUAUUACGGCUACUUGCGCCAUUGCUCAUCCCUGGGAGGGCCUCAUCAUUGGAAUGAUUGGAUCUUUUAUCGCUAUUUUGAGCAUCACUCUCCUGGACAGGUUGAAAAUUGAUGACCCAGUUGGGUGUGUGGGGGUGCACGCCAUGGGUGGAGUGUGGAGUCUUCUCGCUGGCGGCCUCUUCACCAGGACAGAUAACUUCGCGCAGGAGUUGCAGCUCACUUUCGCUCGGAAUGGAUUGUUUUCGGGUGGUGGCUUCCAUCAGCUCGGCGUCCAAACUUUAGCCAUUGUGUCUAUCGGUGCGUGGACGUUGGUGACUUCGUACAUCUUUCUCAAGUUGGUUAACUUCAUCACUGGCCUGCGCAUUCCAUUGGAAGAGGAAUACCUGGGGGCCGAUAUUGUGGAGCACGGGAUUGGCAACGCAUUCUAUGACAAGAAGACUAAAAAGCUCGUCAUGUUCGAAACAGACGACGAUGACGAUCGAUUCAAAGAACUCGAUCAGGACGCGCACGCCUACGCGAACAGAGCCAGGCGUCGGUCUCACGCCUUCGGCGGUCAUCCGCGGGAACGAUUUGCGUACUUGGGGUCACAGCAGAACCUCGUUCGCAGAUCCAACAAGAAGAAACCUUUCUUCGACUUCCGCUUCAGGAAUCGAUUUAAGAGGAAGGCGAAAACGAAGACGAAUUCCAUCAAGUCGUCUCUGCAUUACAGCGACAACGACAGCGACGCGGCGGUUCCGCAGAGAAACGGGGAUGUGUACAGAAUCAGAGGAUCGGACGUUCCUCCAUCAGAGGUGAACUUCGUGUUCGCCAACUCUCCCAUAACGAUGCCUAUGGAUCUGCGAGCCAGGCGAUGGUCUGGGUGCGAUAACGGUGAUAUCUGUACCGUCCACUGCGAGAACGAAUACCACUCUUCCGAAACGUCCGAGAACACACACAUGUAGCAGGGUCGUGCCCAGCGAAGGCAAUGGGGGAGGGUAGGGGAUAUAUGUACCGUCCACCAUUCUCCCGAAACGUCGGAGAACACACAUGUGACAGGGUCGUGCCCAGCGGAGGCAAGGGCAGAGGGGAUAUAUGUACUGUAUACAUGUAUGUAUGUAUGUAUAUAUGUAUAUAUGUGUGUGUGUGUAUAUAUAUAUACCGUCCACUGCGAGAACGAAUACCAUUCAUCCAAAACGUCUGAGAACACACCUAUAUAACAUGAGCGGUUCCACUUCAGGAUCGUGCCAGCGGAGGCAAAGGGGGUGGAUAUCUAUACCGUCCAUUACGAGGACGAAUACCAUUCUUCCGAAACGUGAGAGAACACACACAUAUAGCAUCGGCUGUUCCACUUCAGCGGUGACGAGUAUGUGGGGGAGGGGUAUUGCAUCCUCAGAAAAUUAAAAAAGUGCCCUUUUCAAUUUUUAAAGUGCUCUGUUUUUGUUUGGGGUUUGUUGUUUUUUCCAACCUAUUACUGUUCCAUUGGCUUAGCUAU